AGGCAAUCUUUGGACAAACAACGCGAACCAGAGCCACGAAUCUCAUCCUCCUCCAGUCCGAUACAAGAGAAUUUCAAUUGAUUUUCUAAUAGAAUUUAUUAACGUUGCAUGAAAUUUCCGGUCGUCUUCUUCAAUUGGCGUUCGACUGAGAAAACCAGAGAUAUGCAGAAUCUGUGAGCUGUUAUAGUGGAAGAGGACAAGAAGGAUAAAGAAGAGUUAAAAUGGCGUCGUCGCGGAUGUUUCAGUUGCCGUUGCAGUACUACACUUCUCCAUCUCUCUGGGGUUCUUCCGGUCGCCGGAAUUCCAGAUUCUUCUCGCCGAAUCCGGUGGGUUUUAACCGGAAAAUCGGACUAUGCGGUGGCGGAGAUGACCGUAGCGGGAGACGGGGGACGAACAAGAGGUACGUAAGUCUGAUGGUUCAGGUGGAGAAAGGGGACGCGACGGAGACUCGAGUGCCGGUUCCGUUAACCGUGGAGCAGCAAGAGAAGGAGAGGAAAGAGAGAGAGAAAGAUGAAGACGAAGAAGAAGGAGAGGGAGAAGUGGAUCCGGAUGAUCUCGAAUAUGUCAGCGAGAUCAAAAGGGCAUUGGAGCUUCUCAGGAAGAACAGGGACAUGCUCUUCAGUGAGGUUAAGCUGACUAUCAUGAUCGAGGACCCAAGAGAGGUGGAGAGAAAGAGAUUGCUUGGGAUAGAGGACGCUGACGGCCCAACCAGGGAAGAUUUAGCUGAAGCCUUGGUGCAGGUAAAUGAAGAGAAAGUCCCCAAAAAUCGACUUGCACUUCGGAUGCUGUAUGAGGAGAUGAUCAAUUGGCCAAAUUUAGAGAUUGAGGCUACAAAGACAACACGAGGCAAGUCAUUAUACGCAAAAGCCACGGAUACGGGAGUUGAUCCGAAAGAGGCAGCCAAGAGACUCAACAUGGAUUGGGAUUCAGCUGCCGAAAUUGAGGAUGCCAAUGUCAAUGACAGUGAAGAAGUACCUGCAGCACUGGGUUAUGGAGCAUUGUACUUAGUCUCGGCUUUUCCAAUUAUCAUCGGUAUAUCUGUUGUGUUGAUCUUAUUUUACAAUUCCCUCCAGUAGAACUGCUUCCUUAAUCACUCUGGCAAUGUACAAAUUUUAGGCUCAAACACCACCAACCACUGUCAUGAAUAUGUUUGUACAUCGAAAUCACGAACUGGAAACUUUUCGUGUUUGUCAAGUUUAAAUCGUGAAAUGAACUCAGCUUACUUUGACUA